AUGGUAGAUGUUGUGGAAGAUAUUAUAGAAGCCACUGACAGAGACGAAAAGAAACAAGAUUUAGUCGAUGGUGUCUGUGUUAGGCAUGAGAAGUCGGUACCGGCAAAAUUUUUGGGUGCCUUUUCCCCCAAAAAUGAUGCAGAACAGAAAGAACGCUUUCUAAGACGUAAUUUUACGCCUCAGUUUGCGUUGUCAAGUCCUGUAUUUGACAUUGAAGCCAAACGAAUAUUGGGCAUUGUAAUCAAGCGAUUCAAAACCAUUGACAGUUUUGUUGAAGCAAGCUAUGGUCCCAUGAUAUCGAUUGAGAAGGCAACUGAAAAAGUUGUACAUUAUAUUAAAACCGCGAAGUUUCCCACCCCAUUGGAGGUGAUAUGGUGUGAUGAAUUAAUUGGAAGUGCACUGAUGGUGAGUUCGAGGUCAGCACUACCGUACCAGGCGUCCGAUCGUCACUUUACUGUACUCCUGAGAUCCAACAGUGGAAAUACGUAUCUCCGAGAACAAGGAAUUUUGUCUCUGCUAGAUCACGAACUUGGGACGCACUAUCUGCGCUCUUAUAAUGAUGGAACACAGCCGUGGUACACGAAACGAAAGGAAUUUGAUCUCACUGCAUCAAAUAGUGGUGAACUCAUGACUAUUGAGGAAGGUCUUGCCUGUCUUCACACUGCCUUUCACGGACGCUACCCCUACCUUGGAAUUCCAGCUCUCCUUUAUUACGGUGCCUGCAUGGCCGAGUACCUGCCCUUCAAGGACCUCUACCAGCACCUCUCCAAGUACGUGAAAAGCGAAGAGCAGUUGUGGAAGCACUGCAUGCGCGUCAAACGCUGUCUGCCCUGUCAGAAUAAUUGUGGAGGCUAUGGCAAGGACCAACGGUACUUUGAAGGUGCCAUAACAAUACUUCGUGAUCAAAAUAACAUCGACUUCGCUCAACUAAUGUGUGGAAAGCUAGCGAUUAGUGAUCUGCCGCGAAUCAGAGAUGUUUGUUCUGUGGAGAGGAUCCGUCUACCCUACUUCAUGGAGCCAAUGGCUGCCUAUCGCACGCGUCUCCUUCAAAUCGCUCGUCUCAAUGGGGUCACGGUGGUGGAAGUGAAUGCUGCUCCUCCCUCCUUAUGCUUUGACAUAACCUCCAAAACUAGUCGUAGGGACAGCGCCUCGGGGUCCUUUCAGGAUAGCAGAAACACCCGACCGCCAAAAAGAUACACUAGUGUCAAACCCCCUCCUCAUGAGUACACACGGGAAGCGAGGAAUUUCACGGAAAGGAAGGAUCCUUCAUCAAGCCUAAGGCGUAGGCACUCCAUCAAUUCGCGAUCGGCAGCCCAACCUCCUGCUCCCGAAACCUCAUUGGCCUCGGAGUCUCCACACGUUGAGGUCCUCCCCUCAUUCACUAGUUUCUUCGAGGGUUUGGACUUUGUCGACAUCACACCCGUAUCCGUUAUCCAACGCAAGCCUCCCUGUGACCAUUCGAACGCCUUUAAAAAUUUGGUCUUUGGUGAUUGUGGUUGCAGCCUUUUCACCGAGGGGUACAUUAGUGCUACCCCUGCCGAGGACACCUCUUCACGGACCGUACCAAUUGUUAUUGAGAUUGACAUGCAUGUAGCCAAUCACAUUUACCUGGAAACAUUUGCCAUGUAUGAUUCAGAACACUGGAACUCUGCUAUGCUGAUAUCAUCGGUUGGUGACUACUUUGAAAAUAUGGAGUUUGGUUCCAGUUUUAAAGUUUGCGAUCCGCAUCUUAGGGGAUUCAAGAAUCCUAAUGACCAAGCGUGCUUCUUCUUGCGAAAUGCGUGUGUCUUGGGGUUGGUUUUGCUUGUGGUCAGUCUCAUCUUUAUUCUGACCACGUUUGACUCUACCGGUCGUGCAUGGCAGCACCACCCAGGUUUGUGGUGCAUGGAGGAGGACGCGAACUCACAACGUCUGAAUCGCGCUCAGGCUCAUCGUCUCAUAGCACGCCUGUGGCGCCGACGAAUUCGUUGUCUAGCCUGCCUUAGGAAUACUUGCAGGCAAUUAGAUUUGAAUACCAAAAGAAGUAGUCGCGAUGCCAUGCUGCUCGUCUCCGAUAUGGUCGGAACAUAUUUCAUGACAAAUCUGGUUGCCUCCGACCUUCUUGCGGGAUUGCUGCUUCUGCGAUGGCAAACACGUCAAUGGAUUGGCUGUGAAAGUCGUGUCCCACUAGAGCGCGUCCUUGAAGACUCAGAUAUCUAUGAUCCGGUCACUAGUCCACCACCACACGCGGGAUCAGUGGGCAUCCUUGUUCCACGGGACGAUGGAAAUCCCUUCAACCGUCUAGCUACGAAUUGGCUUGGCAUACGGCGUCUGUGGAUAUACUCCAAGUUCGCCUCCGCUGUUUAUGGGCGUCUGCUCUACCUCUUCUCCCAACGUCUCUCUCCCCGAGCUGCUCUUCGACUAUGCAAAUACGCAAAGUGUGAAGGAUGCUUUGACUCCUGCUGUUCGGUAAAAAGUGGUUGUCAUUUGUUAUUAAACAAGAUGUCACACUUUUGUGACGCUGUGAAGCAGUUGAGAUUGGACAUAUUGAAUAGAGAUGUACUAAUGGCGGAACCCCUAGCAUUGCUUAAACUGUGGAAGUUGAAUCCUUUGGAGGGUUUCAUGCAUCACACACAUCGGAUGCUAAAUAUACCAACCGAUGUUCUUCAGACACCACGGCACCUCUUCACUGCUGACUGGAAUAGACAAAUCGUCGAGGUGAUACCACUCUACGUCUUUAGCUUACGCGCAUUCUGCCAGGCAGAAGGGGACCUCGAAACUCAUUCCUUCCUCUCUCCCUCGGAGGAAAUUUCGAUAGGCUGUUGCAUUUGCAAACAUGACGCGUGCAACUUGGCUGUGUAUCAAGAAAUCACCGGCGCGCCCAUUGAAAGCCUUGUAUACUACUCUUUUGUAAAUACUAGCUCCGAACUUAGCUGUGGUACAGUCGAGGUGUAUUCAUGGUCCAGGUCAAAAAUUCCUGAAAGACCCGUUGUACUGCCCAUGUAUGAAGAAUCACGAGUUAAGCUGGAUUGUAUGCCAACUGCAAUUGCAUUUCGCAGCCAAUCCGAACACGGUUGUGAGAAACUCUUACCUCCCAGUGAUCGCCUUCUUUUUCUCCAGCUGCAACUGGCAUUUUCCAUUGAAACUCUCUCCACACCCACACACACAUGCGACACCCUUGGAAGGUUCAGUGAUGUCUAUCAGUCUCCCUUCUUUGUGGCAUUUGAUGAUGAAUCUGAGUCCAUCAUUAUUGCAAUCCGUGGGACUCUCUCACCUGAAGACGUGAUCGUUGACAUGCUCGCGGAGGGUAAACGUCUCUUGUCUGACGAGCUGCCCUUCGACGUGCCUGCUGAUCAAAUCCUCGACUUCUACGUGCACAUGGGAAUCCUCUACACUGCUCGUAACCUACGCGAUAUCAUCCUCCGCCUUCAGCUGAUAGAGAAGGCCCGUGUUAAGCGAGGCUCUUAUCCCUUGGUGGUUUGUGGUCACAGUUUGGGCGCUGGUGUAGCCUCCGUACUGGCUUUCCUUCUGCGGAAGUCCUAUCCCGAGGUCAAGGCCUAUGCUUAUAGUCCUCCGCUCGGGUUGAUGAGGUAUUUCUACUUAAGUUAUUUAGUAGCAUUAAUUUUCGCCCGUAUGGCUCGUUAUUGCAAGCCUUUUGUUGUUUCCAUCGUCUUGGGAUGCGACAUCGUUCCUCGUCUCAGUAUUCCCACACUCAACGACCUCAAAUGGCGUCUCCUGUCGGCGCUGCAAGACUGCAACGUGCCCAAGUAUCGUAUUCUCGCCAAUGCGGUUAGAAUCGUGGGUCUGAACUGCCUCUUCCCCUCCUUCUGUCGCCCCACUUCAAAUACCAUUGGAUUGGACACGCGCCUCUUCAGCGCCUCCUGCCAGUACAAUCUCCUUCGACCAAAAGUCUACAAUCCGCGGAGUGCACCCGCCAUUUCGUCUUCCACAGAAUACAGUGAUUUUGUAAGCGACAGUACCACCUCCACGCACCGACCUGUGCGAUACCUCUCCGAGAAUCGAUCGCUGUUUCGAUGGCUUCGCGCCAAGACGGAUGUGCUUCUGCGAACAAACGCUUCCGGUACAAUUUAUGUCCCCUUCGCUUCGGCCCUCAUGACCAGUGAGUUCAGCACCGUCACUGCCUCAAGCUCUGUUGAAGUGAACGAACCCCUAGGUGUCCAUGAGGAUUUUGUCUCUAUGGAUACCAGAGUACGAUUCGCUGGACUCGUUGUCCAUAUUGUACAAGUUGAGGACACUGAACAGCAAAGUGGUGCUUCUUUAAGGCGUGAUUCCUCAACAUCGAGUCCCUGGGGACAAGAUCAUUUAGCCUACCCUCCAGUUGCCAUAUGGUCCAACUCGCGGCAAUUUCAAACCAUCAUUAUCCAUCCCCGAAUGCUCUCUGAUCACCUUCCCGAUGAAGUUUCAACAGCUCUCCAUCGGAUAUACAGUGCCACGUCCCAACCAAAUUCUCCGUUGCUCAGUGGAAAUGUGAACCGGCACGACCCCCGCGACUGCGAUAUGGCCCUUCUGUAUGGUAGCGGCGGCGGUCGUGUUGUUGUUGUUGUUGUGGUACUCGCUCGUGUGGACACACUUACCUUUGACGCCCGGUUUCGAGUAUAA